UUUGCUGUAGUGCAGAUGGAUUUUAUGAAAUGAACAGUUUGAAUAAAUGUCUGUUUUCUUGUUUCUUGUCUUAGAACUUGUUCAGAAAUCGUCAAAGGACGACUCCCGAGACUUCCUCUUCUACCUUGCAGUGGCCAACUACAGACUGAAAGAAUAUGAGAGAGCCCUGAAGUACAUCCGAACUCUCCUAAGGAACGAGCCGGGCAACAAGCAGGCCCUGGAGCUGGAGAAACUCAUAGACAAGGCUUUGAAGAAAGAUGGCUUGGUCGGCAUGGCGAUUGUUGGGGGAAUCGGCCUCGGCGUGGCCGGUUUAGCGGGCCUCAUCGGGUUGGCCGUGUCAAAGGGAGCUGCUAAGUCCUAACCCGGACACGGGACGACGCGUCUUCAUUUUGCUGGACUGAUACACUGACCCUUUCCCCGCAUAAAACAAAAUAAAACAUUAUGAAGAAAAGCUCGAGGGAUGUAACAGCUUGAAGUUUGAAGUUGAAUAUUUACUGCAACACAUUAAAAGGGUGAAUAACCUGUUUUCAUAUUUUAACAGGGUUGAGACUCACCAUACAUACGACAUCACUUAGUUGUUUCACACACCAUAGCAUGGCACUUUCUUAUUAUUUGUGUAAAUAAAUUAGAAUAAUCGAGAUUACAACUCAGUUUUCUUAGUUUGUAUGCGCCUCAGCCUAAACUUCCUAAGUUGACAUUUAUAUUUUGUUUAAAAAAAAGAAAAGAAAGUCUUUUAUAUAAGUGCAGUUGUGGGUCUGUAACUGUCUGUUCAAUUAUUUUUGACAUAAAGAAAUGCAUUGUUAAGUGUUAUUGGCGCAGAAGAACGUGUAGCAACGGCGUUGUUUGUUUGCGGGCGAGGUUGCGGUGACUCUGAAGUCCAGCUGCUGCUGUGGAGGCAAAGAGCAGAUGAUUGCAUUUAUCCUGGACACAAGGUUUCUUUUUAUUUGUUCCUAAAACCAUUUGCCAUGAAUUAAAUGAAUACCUUUUUGCCAUUUCAAAUGCAUUUCCUUAACAUAUACCUGCACUGCGUUUAAUGGGUUGUGUUUUCCAUCUUGUUAAAUAAAAUGAUUUUGAACUGAGA